CACACACAGACUCUCUCUCUCUAUUUGUUAUCUUUGCGCUAACGAAACAGCAGAAUAAAAAAUGACUGCGGAUACUCCAAAAUCAUCUCUCUUGCUUCACAGAAUCAACAGCAACACCGCAGCGGCAACACAUAACUCCACCGCCCCGGCAAUACCUUCUGCCGAUGAUGAUUCCUUCAUGCUUUGCCAGAAACGGUAUCCUUUAGCCUUCACUGUGCCCGUCCCCGAAACCGUCGCUCGCCAUCACACCCACCUCAUCGGUCCCAACCAGUGCUGCUCUGCUGUCGUUCAGCAGAUCCCCGCCCCAGUCUCCACCGUAUGGUCCGUCGUUCGCCGCUUCGGUAAUCCCCAGGCUUACAAGCACUUCGUCAAGAGCUGUCACGUCAUCGUGGGGGACGGUGAAGCCGGUACCCUUCGUGAAGUCAACGUCAUCUCGGGACUCCCCGCGGCGAGAAGUACUGAGCGCCUCGAGAUCCUCGACGACGAGCGUCACGUUCUCAGCUUCAGCGUCGUCGGUGGAGACCAUAGGCUGGCUAACUACAGGUCAGUGACGACCCUCCACGCUUCGGCUACGGGGAACGGGACGGUGGUGGUGGAAUCGUACGUGGUUGACGUGCCGCCGGGGAACACCAAAGACGACACCUGUGGGUUCGUCGACACUAUUGUUCGGUGCAACCUGCAGUCACUGGCUCAGGUCGCUGAGAAUCUAACCAGGCGCAAAUAGCAAAUCAAAGUAGAACAAGUAAUUUUCGGAAAGUCUUUAGUGAUACGCCGUCGCUUUUGUGAGUAUCCGAUAAUUGGGUUGCCGAUGGAACAUCUCAUCACUACCAAAGUUCAUGUUUAUCGUUUCACCUGUGUAUGUGUACAACUUCUCUUGUCUUUUUACUCUCUUUUGUUUAAUCUGUGAAAUAGUAAAAAUAAAUACGCACACCCCAUUGUUAAAGUACA